AACCGAGCGAGGUGGAGGUUGGAAGGGCCAUACAUUCCGCACAGCUCAGUGGCCUCCCUUAUCAUCUUCUCUCACUCACUCACUCACUCUUUCACAAACACAUGGCUUCUAUCAUAGGCGUCUCCUCCAUUUACCAAACCCCCACUCUCGAACUAUACCAGAGGCCCACCGCUCCCUCCCUUAGGUUCCAAUGUUUGGACUCUAAGUCCCACUUCAACAACGUCCUUAGAGCCCACCGCCACUCCACCUUCAAAGCGGGCCUCAGGCCCACCCCCACCUUCGUUCCUUCCGCCGUCGCCACGCCCAAUUCCUCCCUCCUUAGUGAAGAAGCCUUCAAAGGACUAAGCGACGGCUUCGACCCAAACGACCACGACUUCCACCAAAACGCCCAUUCCGAAACCGCCAACCCCGACGAACUCGACAUUUCCAAGCUCCACUUGCCCACGCGCCUCGUCGAAACCCUCCGCACCCGAGGGAUUACGCACCUUUUCCCUAUUCAGAGAGCUGUGUUAGUACCUGCACUUGAAGGCAGAGAUAUCAUUGCUCGAGCCAAGACCAGCACCGGUAAAACAUUGGCGUUCGGGAUUCCAAUUAUUAAAGGCCUCACUGAAGAUGAACUUGCACCUUCUCACAGGCGGUCUGGUAAGCUUCCGAGAGCUUUGGUGCUUGCGCCUACAAGGGAGUUGGCCAAGCAAGUGGAGAAGGAGAUAAAGGAAUCCGCGCCUUAUCUCAACACUGUUUGUGUCUACGGGGGUGUUUCUUAUGUUACCCAGCAGAGUGCACUUUCACGCGGUGUGGACGUGGUGGUUGGGACUCCAGGGAGAAUAAUUGACUUGAUAAAUGGGAACAGUCUUAAGCUCAGUGAGGUUCAGUAUUUGGUCCUUGAUGAAGCUGAUCAGAUGCUUGCUGUUGGGUUUGAGGAGGAUGUGGAAGUGAUUUUGGAGAAUCUUCCAUCUCAGAGACAGAGCAUGCUUUUCUCUGCAACCAUGCCCAGUUGGGUGAAGAAGUUGGCGAGAAAAUAUUUGGACAACCCAUUGACAAUUGAUUUGGUUGGUGAUGAAGAAGAAAAGCUUGCUGAAGGGAUAAAACUUUAUGCUUUAGCAGCCACUGCUACUUCAAAACGAACAAUUCUUUCUGAUCUUGUAACUGUAUAUGCAAAGGGUGGGAAGACUAUAGUUUUUACACAGACAAAAAGAGAUGCUGAUGAAGUAUCAUUGGCAUUAACAAAUAGUAUAUUGUCUGAAGCACUGCACGGUGAUAUAUCUCAGCAUCAAAGGGAGAGAACAUUGAAUGGUUUCCGGCAAGGAAAAUUCACGGUACUUGUUGCCACUGAUGUUGCAGCUCGUGGACUUGAUAUUCCCAAUGUUGAUUUGAUUAUCCAUUAUGAACUUCCCAAUGAUCCCGAGACUUUUGUACAUCGCUCUGGUCGUACUGGGCGUGCCGGCAAACAAGGUACUGCCAUUCUGUUGUACACCAGUAGCCAGAGGAGAACAGUUAAAUCCCUUGAACGUGAUGUUGGCUGCAAGUUUGAAUUUGUUAGUCCACCAGCUAUGGAAGAGGUUUUGGGGUCAUCUGCUGAGCAGGUUGUUGCUACGCUUAAUGGAGUUCAUCCAGAGUCCAUUGAGUUUUUCACCCCAACUGCACAAAAACUGAUUGAUGAACAAGGAACGAGUGCCCUUGCAGCUGCACUUGCACAACUGAGUGGAUUCUCCCGACCUCCAUCAUCGCGGUCACUUAUCACCCAUGAACAGGGAUGGACUACAUUGCAACUAACUCGUGAUUCAGAUAAUAGAAGAUAUUUUUCAGCAAGAUCAGUCACUGGGUUUCUUUCAGAUGUUUAUUCUGCAGCUGCUGAUGAAGUUGGAAAAAUCCAUUUAAUUGCUGAUGAAAGGGUUCAAGGAGCCGUUUUUGAUCUUCCUGAGGAAAUUGCUAAAGAGUUACUUAAUAGGGACAUACCACCUGGAAACACCAUUUCCAAGAUCACCAAGCUACCUCCUUUGCAAGACGAUGGGCCUCCAAGUGAUUUCUAUGGGAGGUUUUCUGACAGAGACCGAAGUAACAGAAGAGGUUCUUCUUCCAGGGGAGGUUUUUCUUCUAGGGAUCGGAGAGGUGGUGGUUUUAAAUCCUCAAGGGGAUGGGAUGAUGACCAAGACUCUGAUGAUGACUUUGGUGAUCGAUCUAGGAGAGGUGGUAGAAUUUCUAAAACUGGCAAUAGCUGGUCUCGGUCAGCAGGAAGAAGCAGUGGGGAUGAUUGGCUAAUUGGGGGUAGAAGAUCAAGCAGGCCUUCAUCAUCAGACAGAGGUGGCUUUGGAGGUGCCUGCUUUAACUGCGGGGAAUCUGGGCAUCGUGCAUCAGAUUGUCCAAAGACUUCAAACAGGCGAAGCUUUUUUUAAGUUCCCCUCAUAUUUUUUGGGGCACUGCUUUGUCGAAGACGUGAACUACUGCCACCGUUUUUGGCCUGAUGGGUUCCGGAAAAUUGAACGAUGCUUUAAGAAAGAGUUACAGAAUCAAUAUGAAUUUGCAUCUCACGUGUUGGCGUGAUCUCCAUAGGGACCUCUUUUUGAUUCUCACUGAAAUAUUUAGUAUUUGUUUUGGGCAGUGGUAUUGGGUAAGAAUAGUAUUUUGACAGUUUGGUUUUGUAUCUUCUUUUUGGGGUGAGCUGGCGGGUUGUAUGGUCCUGUAUUCUACGUAACUUAACCAUGUUAUUUAUGAUCUUUUUGAACCUUCAUGGUUUAGGGACAGAAAGGAAAUAUGAAUGAAAGAUGAAAUGCCAAAGGUUUAUGCAGAA